UUUCUAAACGAUGUCGUUUCAUCCACUUUGUAAAUUUAUCAUUCAUGACAUAGGUUGACCAAGACUGAAACUGGGGAAAUCCGGGAGAGAAAAUAAGCAGAAUGGAUCCUAAACUCUGGCACAAAAUCGCUGCUGUAUCAGGUGUAGCAGCACUUGGGUUAGGCACUUACGGCGCUCAUGUCUUCAAGCCCAAAAACCCCACUUACAAAGAGGUUUGGCAAACGGCUUCUCUGUAUCAUUUGGUUCACACGGCUGCUAUUCUUGCUGCGCCAAUCACUAAACAUCCUAACAUUUUUGGAGGCCUCUUGACCACUGGAAUUAUUGCUUUCUCUGGGACGUGCUAUACUGUGGCUUUACUUGAGGACCGUAAGUACUCUACACUCGCACCUUUUGGUGGCUUUGCAUUUAUUGCUGCUUGGGCAAGCUUGCUUUUCUAAGGAUUUCACCGUUACCUUCAUUUAUCUUAUGCAUCGGACUAGAACAUUAUCUGAAGGAAUCUCUUCUGAUAUAUGCCAAGCCUUUGGUUUAUAAGUAAGACUGUGGAUUUUAAUACAGAAGUGUUAACAGCGCCAUUGUAUGUAACUUAAUGCCCUGCUGUUGUUUGCGGAUCUUGGAAUCUUGUUCUGCAAUUUCAUUUUCAGUUUAUAUGUAAUCCCAAUAAUUUGUGAAUUUAAUACAAUUCUUGUACAAGAAAAAAUUUAUGCAUUUUGAAAUAAUGAAGCUCAUGCCUACAGUAGUUUUGGGGAA